AUGGCCGACACCCAGCCUACGAGCGACUCGAACCCCAACAGGGGUAACCGCAACCGUGGCCGAGGUCGCGGGGGAGGUGGCGGCGGAGGCGGGGGAGCAGGAGGAACCCGCGGCAGAGGCAGAGGAGGGCGUGGCAGAGGCGGCAGCAAUGCUGGUUCCGCACCUCAGCAAAAUGUCUCGAGCGCGCCUCCACCAUCGCAAGCCAAACCGGACAACAAGGUGCUCACCCGCACCGUCACCGAGGGUGACGACACGGCUAGCAGCGACGGCGAAGUGUGCUUCAUCUGCGCCGAGCCCAUCAAGUUCCACUCCAUUGCGCCUUGCAAUCACAAGACUUGCCACAUCUGCGGGCUGCGUAUGAGGGCUCUAUACAAGACCAAGGACUGCCCCCAUUGCCGAACACCCUCUCCCUUUGUUGUGUUCACCGAAGAUGCGAAUAAGCGAUAUGAAGACUACACCGACGCCGACAUUACGAGUUUCGAUAACAACAUUGGCAUUCGUUACACCAACGAAGAAAUUGUUGGCGAUACUGUUGUUCUACUCCGCUACAACUGCCCCGCAGAAGACUGCGUCUUUGCCGGCCUGGGUUGGCCAGACCUUCACAGGCAUGUCCGCUCAACCCACCAUAUGAAGAUGUGCGAUCUCUGCACGAGGAACAAGAAGGUGUUUACGCACGAGCAUGAGCUUUUCGCCGACAAGGAGCUCGAGAAGCAUAUGAGGCACGGCGACGACAGGCCCGGCGCGAUAGACCAGACCGGCUUCAAGGGUCACCCGCUGUGCGGUUUCUGCGGAUCCCGGUUCUACGACGACGAUAAGCUCUUCGACCACUGCCGCGAGAAGCACGAGAGAUGUUUCCUCUGCGACCGGAGAGACUCGCGACACCCUCAUUACUUUGUCAACUACAACGCCUUGGAGAAGCACUUUGAGAAGGACCACUUCCCGUGUCUCGACAAAGAAUGUCUAGAGAAGAAGUUUGUUGUUUUCGAGUCGGAGAUGGACCUGAAGGCCCAUCAACUCGCAGAGCACGCCAACUCCUUGUCCAAGGACGUGCGGAGGGACGCAAGAGUGGUCAACAUGUCCGGCUUUGACUACAGGCCAUCAUAUGAAAACGAGAGGAGAGGCGGCGGCGGAGGAGGAGGUGGUGGUGGUGGUAGAGACGGCGGCGGCGGUCCCUCUGGCGGGCGCCAAGGACGUGGCCGUGGCCGCGAUCCCAAUGCCGAACCCAUCCCGCAGAGCUCUGCGCAACCCCUUCGUCGCGACGAGAUUGCUUUUCAGAGACAAAUGGCAAUUCACUCGGCACAGUCCGUCUCCAACCGAACCUUUGGCGGCUCUCUCUCCACGCCCUCGGCAACAACGCCGUCAACCUCGUCCCGGCGGGGCAAUGCGACGCCCUCGGGAUCGACACGCCAGGCACCUGCAGCCACAUCAAGUGCCGCCACAUCAAGUGCCGCCACAUCAAGUGCCGCCACAUCAAGUGCCGCCCAUCCCCCUGCUCUGCCGACUGCCGAGCUCGAGCAGCUCACCGUUACCGAUAUCGCAUCGCUAUCCCCCCCGGAGCGGGCGGCGAUGCUGCGCCACCAAGGAGUCAUUGAGCGCGCCUCCAACCUACUCGGCCACGACCAGACCAAGAUGACGGCGUUCCGCGAGUACAUCUCAAAUUUCAGAAAAGGAAAGCUCACCGCUCCUCAGCUAGUUGAUGCUUUCUUCUCCCUCUUCGCCGACACGUCUUCCAACGCUCUGGGGACGUUGGUCCGCGAAGUUGCCGACUUGUUCGAGGACAAGUCCAAGGCCACAGCUCUGCACAAGGCCUGGCAGGACUGGAGAGCCAUCAACGAGGACUACCCGUCCCUUCCCGGCCUGGGCGGCAUGCAGGGCGCUACCACCGCCUCCAGCGGCUGGGCCAGCGCAGCUUCUCCCUCUCCUACCGCCCCCGCCGCCGCGCCCAACCAGAAGCACUCAAACCGUGUUCUGCGCCUUAAGAACAGCACUCGCGCCGGCGCCUCGGGACCCAAGCCGGUGACGUCGUCCGCUUCGAAGGGCUGGGUCGCAUCAUCGCCCGCCGUGCGCCCCCCAGCAUCGUCCGCCUUCCCUGCCCUCCCUGCCGCUUCCUCCUCGUCAUCGUCGAGCGCGGCCCGGCCGUCCUGGAUCGGUCCGAACAACCCGUCUUCAGGCACCAGCAAAUCAGUCGGCUCGGCAGGUCCGUCAGGCACAGUUCCUGGCGGCCGCCCGCCGCCAUCUUCUGCUUUCCCCGCCCUACCCCCGGCCCAGAAGCCUCUGACUACAAUCUUCGGCUACGGGUCAGGCAGAGGCGUGCGGCGUGACCUCGGGGGCGCGGCCAGCAACUUCAGCUGGGGAUCGGCUCCGGGCAGUGGCGCGGCGAGCGCGGACGUGUCGGAGAAGGAGGACGAGGAGGCCGGCCAGAGUGCCGGCGGCAAGAAGAAGAAGGGCAAGAAGGUGCUUGUUCAGUGGGGUUAG